UUGUUUAUGUCGACACUUCUAGCUUAAUUUUCAGACAACUUUACAAGGAAGGAUAAUCGAUACGGACAAAAUAGAGCUAUCCAAAAUGGCUGUGAUAGACCCGGGAGCAUCAUCUAUCACGGUCGCAGUUCGAGUCCGACCAUUCACUAUCAGAGAAGCGGCACAAUUACAAAGGAAUGAUGAUAACACAUUAUUUCUAGGGGAUGGCUCCCUGGCUGCGGCGCCCGCACCGAAACUCAAGCAAGGUGGCAUACGAUCCGUUAUUAAAGUGGUCGAUGACAGAUGCUUAGUGUUUGACCCGCCGGAGGACAAUCCAAUCCAAAAAUUCUCGAGAUCCGUGGUACCAAAUGGCAAGAAAGUCAAAGAUCAAGUCUUCGCUUUCGACCGUAUAUUCGACGAGAACACAACACAAACAGAAGUAUACGAGGCUACGACCAAGAACUUAUUAGACAGCGUCCUAGAUGGCUAUAAUGCCACAGUUUUUGCAUAUGGAGCUACAGGAUGCGGUAAAACGCACACAAUCACCGGCACAGCCCAGAUGCCCGGCAUCAUAUUCUUGACAAUGCAGGAGCUCUUCGAAAAGAUUGCCGACCGUAGCGACGAAAAGCACACCGAGAUAUCCUUGUCGUAUUUAGAGAUCUACAACGAAACCAUUCGAGACCUGCUUGUCCCCGGAGGUAGCAAACAAGGACUGAUGCUCCGCGAGGACUCCAACCAAGCCGUAUCAGUUGCAGGGCUGACGAGCCAUCACCCUAAGGAUGUUCAAGAGGUUAUGGACAUGAUCGUGCAGGGGAACGAAUACCGGACGGUAUCACCAACCGAGGCGAACGCCACUUCUUCACGAUCCCAUGCAGUCCUACAGAUCAACGUUGCCCAGAAAGACCGUAACGCCGCCGUCAACGAACCCCAUACGAUGGCUACCCUGAGCAUUAUCGACCUCGCAGGUAGCGAGCGAGCCAGCGCUACCAAGAAUCGGGGCGAGCGCCUGAUGGAGGGUGCCAAUAUUAACAAGUCUUUACUCGCACUGGGCAGCUGUAUUAAUGCACUCUGCGAUCCCCGAAAGAAGAAUCACGUCCCUUACAGGAACAGCAAGUUGACACGACUUCUUAAAUUCUCGCUGGGCGGCAACUGCAAAACGGUCAUGAUCGUUUGUGUGAGUCCAUCGAGUGCGCACUUCGACGAAACACAGAAUACGCUACGGUAUGCCAACAGAGCGAAGAAUAUCCAAACCAAGGUAACACGGAACGUCUUCAACGUCAACCGACACGUCAAGGACUUCCUCGUGAAAAUCGACGAGCAGAUGGCGUUGAUCAACGAGCUCAAAGCUCAGCAAAAGGAUGCCGAGAGAACUUUCUUUGCCAAGUUCCAGAAACAGCUAGAGAAGAGGAACUGGUCGGUCAAGGAAGGAGUACAGAGGAUCCAGACGGCAUACGAGAACUCGUCGUCUGAGAGGCAAGAGAAGGUGAACCUCAUGAAGAAGCUGAGAGGAGUCGAGCGUCGCAUCGGUCUUUUGUCAUCGUGGAUCGCCGCAUUCGACGCGGUUUGCGAUAUGAGAGAGGACGAGGACACGAUGCCGUCAAACCUUACCGCCAUGCGCAAAACGGCGAUGGGAAUUCAGCUAGAACUCGAGGACAGCCGGCAACAUAUCCACCAGAAGUUGAACAGGAUAAAUUGGGAGCGCGCUAUCGACGGAGCUCUCCAGCAUAGUAUCAACCAGCUACCAAAGGGAGACGCAAAUGUGGAUAAUGGCGAGAUCGAAAGCCUUACUAGAGAAGCCGAACUAUGGAAAGCCAAAUUUGCGCGCGAGGCCGAUCGCGAGGUUCUGGAUCAGGAUAAAGCCGGCGACUCGGGGAUUAUGCAAGUCCUUCUUACCGCGCAGUUUGAAAUCCUCGCCUCGCUAUCAGAGACGAUAGACAUGAGCGAGGAGGAGGCUAUUGCACAUGCUAAAAGUAUCAUCAACCGUUUACUAGAGACAGGAUACGCAGCCGCCUCGCAAGUAGUUAAGCCGGACGGGGCCAAGAUGCCGAUAGAGGCAUUUCCGCCAACGAAGCGCGGGACUCCAAAGCGAAAGAAGACGACGAGGAUGAGCAUGGGAAAAGACGUGAUAAAGCCAAUCCCUAACCCAGCACUAGCAGCUGUCGUAGCCUCCCAGCCACAAACGUUCGGUUCUCCGGUUAAAGGUUCCCCCCGACGUCGCAAAGCGCUUAACGCACGUAAGGGCGUCUCAUUUACUCCGGUUAAGAAGACUUCGAAGCGUGCGGUACGAUGGCGCGACGACGACGGCGAAUCGGGCACCCUAGCCGACUUCGAGAAGACACCCCAGAAGUUCAACUCUUCGCCGGAGCGUAACUCACCCGAGAAGGCUGUACCUGCGAUCCCCCCUAUCCCGUUUUACUUACACAAAGAUGACACUGCAGAUGAUUCCAGUACCGAGCUGACGAUCCCCGAGACGACAAGCCUUCCGGUUGCGAAGCCUAACAGGUUCCAGGCAGGAUUUUUGUCGAAAUCUCGCACGUCGGAAGUUAACGGCUCGCCGACCGGACCUAGACCUACGAUCUCUAUAAACCUGACGUCCUCACCCGGCAGCGAGGGCCGAGUUAGCCCAUUGCGUAACCUUGACGUGUCGCGAGCUGGUAAUAUCAACUCCCCUAAGAUACGGUUAUCGUCAAGCCCAAAAUCAUCCAUACCAGUGCCUCAAAGUAUGUCGUUAGACGAAAAUCACCCUCCAUCAUCCGACUCGGAGACUUCGGCCAUCAUUGACACGUCUAAGCUUCGCUCGGCAAUCCACGCCAACAAGAGACCAAAGCGGCUCUCUUCGCUAGCAGGAAGCGUGACGGGUCCGGCUGUGGUCUCUAGGCGAGUGUCCUCGAUCGGAUCUAUCGGCGGCAACUAUCACAAGACCAGCAACAGCUACGGAGGCCCCACCUUAGCGUCGAGCACGAACGGUAUCUCGCGGUUACGACGAGGCAGCGCAGAAAGAUAUAGGAGCCCUCCCAUCAGCUGCUCACCGCCGGAUAUAGGAACCCGCGAGUCGAAAGCGUUCACAGCGGGCCAGGCCAGGCGGAUGGGUAUAAGCAACAGCGUAAGGGGUACGAGCGCACUUACCAGCCCGAGCGACAGGAGGUUGGAGGCUGCCAGCAACCGCGGGCGACGCAUUACUAUUGGUGGCUCGGGUAUGGCGGCUGCAGGCGGUGCGAGGAGGGAGAGGGGAACUCUGUCUUGGCGAUAAGUUGAUUGUUUGUUCUAUCCGUGAAGGUAUUUGAUUAAAUAAGAUCAGGCGUCGGGGGGGGCUCCUCGGGCGUGCAGUUGCAAAUGACUUUGCUAAGCAAAUUGGCACAUAUGCGUCUUUGCCCGUCUUGUGGAAGGUUUAGGUCUCGACUGGCGUUUUUAGGUCCAAUUCUCAUACAAACAUGAUUAUUCGGUCGGUUGGCUGGCUGCGGGGUUUAGGAGUCCCUUGGUCCCUUGUAU